AUGCUUCUCCUUCCUUCGCCUUCGUGUUCCCUUCCCCGCACCUCCCUCCCUCCCUCCCUCCCUCCCUCCCUCCCUCCCUCCCUCCCUCCCUCCUCCCUCCCUCCCUCCCUCCCUCCCUCCCUCCCUCCCCUCCCUCCCUCCCUCCCUCCCUCCCUCCCUCCCUCCCUCCCUCCCUCCCUCCCUCCCUCCCUCCCUCCCUCCUCCCUCCCUCCCUCCCUCCCUCCCUCCCUCCCUCCCUCCCUCCCUCCCUCCCUCCCUCCCUCCCUCCUCCCUCCCUCCCUCCCUCCCUCCCUCCCUCCCUCCCUCCCUCCUCCUCCCUCCCUCCUCCCUCCCUCCCUCCCUCCCUCCCUCCCUCCCUCCCUCCCUCCCUCCCUCCUCCCUCCCUCCCUCCCUCCCUCCCUCCUCCCUCCCUCCCCUCCCUCCCUCCCUCCCUCCCUCCCUCCCUCCCUCCCUCCCUCCCUCCCUCCCUCCCUCCCUCCCUCCCUCCCUCCCUCCCUCCCUCCCUCCCUCCCUCCCUCCCUCCCUCCCCUCCCUCCUCCCUCCCUCCCUCCCUCCCUCCCUCCCUCCCUCCCUCCUUCCCACAAAGCCCUCGAAGCAAGGCACGCACCAGCGACGUUGGGGCGGUCGUCCAUCUGCGCGUGGUCAAAGUCAGCGCGCAUGUGCUUCACCUCGUCCAUCAGCUCUAUGGCCACACGCCUUUAUCAACCACCUGUGGGCUUCCAGUGA